GCGUGACCCACAGAGCUCGCCGUCAUGUCGUCUUUCAGAACCUCAGCGCCUCAUUCCUCCUACAGGAAGAUGUUUGGCGGGGAUCGAGGCGCGCUCAGGAGCAGCUCCUACAGCCGCCAGUACUCCAGUCCCGUGCGCACCACCCGGGUGUCCUACGGGCUGUGGUCGGCGCCCGCCAGCAUCUACGCGGCCAAGACGCAGCGGCUCCGGAGCAGCGCGGCCAUGCCCCGGCUGGCCUCCGAGCACCUGGACUUCACGCUGUCCGACGCCAUCAACAGCGAGUUCAUCGCCAACCGCACCAGCGAGAAGGCGCAGAUGCAGUCGCUCAACGACCGCUUCGCCAGCUACAUCGAGAAGGUGCGCUUCCUGGAGCAGCAGAACAAGAUCCUGCUGGCCGAGCUGGAGCAGCUGCGCGGCAAGGGCACGUCCCGGGUGGGCGACUUGUACGAGGAGGAGCUGCGGGAGCUGCGGCGCCAAGUGGACCUGCUGACCAACGACAAGGCCCGGGUGGAGGUGCACCGCGACAACCUGGCCGACGACAUCCAGCGACACCGAGACAAGUUGCAGGACGAGAUAUCACUGCGGGAGGAGGCCGAGGCAAACAUGCAAUCCUUCCGACAGGAUGUGGACAAUGCUGCCCUGGUCAGACUGGACCUGGAGAGGAAGGUAGAGUCCCUCCAAGAGGAAAUUAACUUCCUCAAAAAGCUACACGAUGAGGAGAUGCUGGAACUGCAGAAGCAGAUCCAAAUGCAGCAACACGCACAAGUGGACAUGGCGGAAGUGGCAAAGCCUGACCUGACUGCCGCUCUGAGGGACGUCCGUCUGCAGUACGAGAACCUGGCCUCCAAAAACAUCCAGGAGUCUGAGGACUGGUACAAAUCCAAGUUUGCCGACCUCACUGAAGCGGCGGCCCGCAAUAACGAGGCUUUGAGAGCGGCUAAGCAGGAGGCCAACGACUACAGACGUCAGGUGCAGGCUCUCACCUGCGAGGUGGAUGCCCUCAAAGGAAGCAAUGAGUCCCUGGAGCGCCAGAUGAGUGAAAUGGAGGAGAACUUCUCCAUGGAGACGGGAGGCUUCCAGGACACCAUCGCCCGCCUGGAGGACGACAUUCACAGCAUGAAGGACGAGAUGGCCCGUCACCUGCGGGAGUACCAGGACCUCCUCAAUGUCAAGAUGGCCCUGGACAUUGAGAUCGCCACCUACAGGAAGCUGCUGGAAGGAGAGGAGAGCAGAAUCAACACCCCUCUGCCAAACUUUUCAUCCCUGAACCUGAGAGAAACCAUGCUGGAUUCCAGACCUCACAUUGAAACCACAAUAAACAAGAAGGUUCUCAUCAAGACCAUCGAGACCAGAGACGGUCAGGUGAUCAACGAGUCGACCCAGAACCAGGAUGACAUGGAGUAAUACUUCUAAUGAGCCUUGGGCCAAAAGACCAACAGAAGAGCAAUAUUUUCAAUUAUAUUCCACCCACAGUUACACAAAAAUAGCUUCUCAAAGUGCCUUUUAUAUGUGAUGAUUGUGUAAGUAGUCGUUGGGUUUCCAUCUUUUAUCGACAAAAUGUUGGUUUUGUUUUGGCCAAUUUUGUUUAGACACAGUUAAGAUGCACAACAACACACAGUCAGCCACACAAAGGUUUACAAAGGACCAUUAGAGCCACUAAAUAUUCUACGAAGAUUCUCAAGGCUUUUAACCGAUCGCAGCUGGACAGUUCAGUUUGUCUAAGAAGACGUUUCACUUUUCUUCCGAGCUCCGUCAGACUUAAAGCUGAACUAACGCUGGUCUACGACCAUGAACUGAUGAACGCUGAACUAACGCUAGUCUAUGACCAUGAACUGAUGAACGCUGAACUACCGCUGGUCUAUCACCAUGAACUGAUGAACGCUGAACUAACGCUGGUCUACGACCAUGAACUGAUGAACGCUGAACUAAUGCUGGUCUACGACCAUGAACUGAUGAACGCUGAACUAACGCUGGUCUACGACCAUGAACUGAUGAACGCUGAACUAAUGCUGGUCUACGACCAUGAACUGAUGAACGCUGAACUACCGCUGGUCUAUGACCAUAAACUGAUCAGGCUGCUCCAAUGAGAGGCCUUUAAACGUCCUCUAAGACAAACUGAACAGUCCAGUUAGGAUGGAGUCCCUGCCCUGAGAAUACAAUAACCUGAUGAAUGACAAUAUUCACAGGUAUUAGAGAUGCACGGUUUGCGGUCUCAUCCGCGGAGUCCGCGGAUAAACCGCGGGUCGGGCGGUUGACCUGACGAAAAAAUAGAUUUUAACUAGAUUUGGGCGGGUGGCGGUUGAACCAUCCGUAAAUAUUUGAUAUGCAUGGUUCUGUGAUCAGUAUCCUUUGCCAUUCAAAGUGCCAUUUAAGACCCGUGUCAUAAAGCAAAGAAGACAAUAAGAGACGCUAUUAUUCUCCUGAAUAACUGCUGGUAGUCACCCAGAUAAUAAGUAUUUGGGCGUGCUAUGAAGCCAUUGGCUCUGUCGUCUACUACAACAUGUACGAUCUGCUUGUCAGUCCAGCAUCAUGUUGUGUGUGGCUUCCACGGCAACACGACUGCAAGGCAUACUGGGUGACACAGUGUGCACUAAUGGUUGUGAUAUAAACAAUUUUAACACUCUUAGUAAUAUGCGCCACACUGUGAAGCCACACCAAUUAAGAACGACAAACACAUUUCGGGAGAACAUCCUCACAGAAAACCAACAAACACAACACAACAAAUACCCAUAAUCCUUUGUAUUCAUGACAAUUCCUGACUAUUUUAUACACCCCCGCUAGCAGCAAACCCCGCCUCCCCCUCCCCCCCAGGAAGUGUCACGGAUACAAAGGAUUCUGGGUAUUUGUUGUGUUGCGUUUAUGUUGUGUUACUGUGAGGAUGUUCUCCCGAAAUAUGUUUGUCAAUCAUGUAUAGUGUGGCUUCACAGCGUGGCGCGUAUUAGUAAGUGUUAAAGUUGUUUAUAUCACAACCAUCAGUGUACUCUGUAUCACUCAGUAUGCCUUUCAAUCUUGAACGUGUAAUUGCGGAAGCUGCACACAACAUGUUGCCGGACCAAAAAUCGGUACGUACAUGCUGUCGAAGGUGUCUAAGGCAAUGGCUUCACAGCACGCCCAUAAUCUUGUAAUCAGAAUGAACGCCAUUGGAUAGUUGCGGGAACGUUAGCUGCUCCAAUUGUCAUCACUCUGUGAAACAGGUUUAAAUAGUUCUGUGAGUGGUAAAGGCGGACAACCUGUGAUGUAUUAUAGGGGACGGUUAGCGGGCGGGUACAGUCCUGGUAAAAUGUUAGUUCGGGUGGACGACGGGUGAAUGACGACUUUGGUGAUGCGCAUGCGGAUGAUAUAAUUACCUAUCAGCGCAUCUCUAACAGGUAUACUGUCAACAUUACCUUUUAAACUUGCCAAAAAAAAGAUGCAGAUUAAAGGAAAGAGUUGGAAAUGUUGUAGUUUUACGAGAUUCAAGAUGUUUUUGUAGAAAACUGUAUGUAUGUAAGAAUAAAUGCUCCAAAUGUCACUCAUGGGAGUUAAGACAAAACAUCACAGGACACAAUUCAUUACAAUUUGACUGCAGGGUCUUAUAAAGGACUUUUUUUCUCAAGAUCAUAAUGUCUUCUGGAAAAUAUGACUUUUUUUCUCCAAAAAAAAAAAAAAGAACCAUGUACUUAAACCCGUUUUUUAUCUUUUCAACGUGGCUUUAAAAGUCCUUUGUAGACGUCCUACAAACAUCUUCAUUUGUUGUCCAUUUUGUGCGCAAACACACCAGCAGCAGUCCCGAAUGUGAGAAAUCAUGUCACAAUUCCCCGUAAGCAGCAAUAAACUAAUAAGAUUGUGAA